AUUUCAUUGCUUUUCUUAGAGCUCUAUCUUUUCCUUUCUUAUUGCACCAUAACUUACAAAAAUUAAACCUCAGUUCACUAAUCCUAGUUUGUUUUUUCUGUUUAACAAAGGAAAACGGGUUCAAUGGCUGAUCCGAUUUCACUUCUAGCAGCUCCUGUAAUAGAAAAAAUCACAAAAGAUGCUUACAAAUUUGGUAACAAGAAGUAUAAUGAAGUGUAUGGAGUGACAGUUGAGAUUGAAAAUCUGCAAAGCUACUUAACUGCUAUAUCAGCAGUUCUUACAGAUGCUGAACGCUGCUCUAGAAAACCCGAGCAGCUAACAGAUUGGCUCACAAAGCUCAGAGCUGCAGCUCUUGAUGCAGAGGAUAUGCUGGGAACAUAUGCUACUGAGGCUGCUUUGAGAGAGAUGAAGAAUCAUCCUGCACCAUUUGACUGGCUCACAUCUCGUCUAAAUGCAGCAAAUAACAUCAAGAAAAUUGUGGGAAAGAUGGAGCACAUUUCCAGACAAAGGAACCAAUUGCAGUUCAAGCCAGAGGAUUAUGGGGGAGAGUGGACUGAUCCAACUACUUGGAUUGGACUGCGCGAGACGAAUGCUAGGCAGCGCACCAAUGAGGUAGUUGGUAGAGAUGACGAGAAAGAAUAUAUUGUUAGUUGGUUGCUAUCUUCUGAAGAAGCAUCUGACAGCAACAAUUGGCGUGUCCCCGUUUUAACCAUCACCGGGAUGGCAGGUCUUGGAAAAACAACCCUUGCUCAGCUAGUUUACAAUGAUGAAAGGAUCAGUAAGAAAGGAGACGAGACAUGUCGUUUCAAGAAUGCUGUGUGGGUUAAUGUCUCGAUGGAUUUUAGUGUGGAAAGAAUUCUCAAAGAGAUGGUUGAAAGGCUAACAGAUAUGGUACAUGAUAAGGUUUCUCGGACUUCAGUUGAGUCAGGUAUCCUUAAAGUCCUUGAUGGAAAACCUUUCUUCCUCGUACUAGAUGAUGUGUGGGUUAAUGAAAGAUUAGACUGGGAAGAUCUUCAUAAUUUUCUCAUAACAUGUCCAAGAGGGAGCAAGGUCUUGGUUACGAGUAGAGAUGAUAAAGUCGCAGCACGUUUAGGUGCAAGCCUCCUGUAUAACUUGAGCGAUCUGAAUGAAGAUCACUGUUGGGAUUUGUUUAGCAAUGAAGUCCUUUUAAGUAGAACCUCGGAUCUGGGAGAUGAUAAAAAGGAAAAGGAGGAGAUUGGUAGAGAAAUCAUCAGAAAUUGCAACUUUCUUCCUUUAGCCGUGAAGGCAAUGGCAGCCAUAUUACGAGGGAAAAUACUAAGAUUUUGGAAGAGAAUCCAACGAAAUGGUGUCUGGAAAACAGAUGCAGCCAAUCAAGUAGCUGGGGCUUCACAUAUUUUGCCUGCUUUGAAGUUGAGUUAUGAUCAUCUUCCGUCUUCUCUCCUCAAGCAGUGUUUUGCAUUCUGUUCUAUCUUCCCCAACGGUCAUAUGUUUGACAAAGACGAACUCGUUAAGUUGUGGAUAGCUGAAGGUUUCAUCAUGCUUCCUGAUGGAGAGGAUACACUGGAGGAAGUUGGAGGUGAUUAUUUUGAUGAGUUGCACGGUAGAUCCUUCUUUCAACUCUUAGACAUCGACAACAAGGAAAGGUUCAAAAUGCAUGACUUGAUUCAUGAUUUAGCAAUAUCUAUAUCGAUUGCCUCAUAUCAAGUCGAAGAAAACAAGACUCACUCAAUCCAACAUGAUUGUCGUCAUGUAUCAUUCCUGUGCAAAGAUGUUCAGAAGCCUGCUCUUGAGAUUCUGACGGCUAGGAAGUUGAGAACUUUACUAUUGCCCGUAAGUGAUACUAGAGAUUUCGGCAAAACCCUCAACAAAAUGUUUCAAACUUUAAGGUACAUGCGGGUUUUAGAUCUCAGCUCAAGCACCAUAAUUGAGUUGCCAAAAUCAAUUAAAGAGUUGAAGUUGCUGCAUUAUCUUGACCUGUCAAGAACAGAAAUAAGAUUGGUUCCUAAAGGUAUUUGCAAGCUCCUGAAUUUGCAAAUACUGAAACUCCUUGGUUGUCUUUGGCUUCAAGAAUUGCCAAAGGAUCUUGGGAACUUGAAAGAUCUUAGAUAUCUUGAAUUAGAUGAUAUGUUUUGGUACAAAUGCUCCAAAUUACCCCCAAGAUUAGGAGGCUUAACUGGCUUGCAUAAUCUCCACCGUUUUCUAGUUCAUUGUGAGAGUGGGUAUGGAAUUGAAGAGCUAAAGAAUAUGAAUCGUCUCGAAGGUAUGCUACACAUUUCUAAGCUUGAAAAUUCAGGUGACGCGAAGGAAGCACAACUUCAAGAAAAAGCGGGCAUAAACAAGUUGAUACUUGAAUGGAGCGAGGAGGAUGCUAAUAAUCCACAAGACCGAAUAUUACAAGAGAGCAUCCUUAAUGAUCUCGAACCUCACAGUGGCUUGCAAGAGCUUCACAUACGACAGUACAAAGGAGGUCGAUUUUCAAGUUGGCUGGGUAAUGGAGUGCUACAGAACUUGCGCAAGAUUUCCUUAGAUCACUGUGUAAAUUGCAAAAUCCUCUCUCUCGGUCCUUUACCUCACCUUCAACAUCUUACCAUCAAAGGAAUGUUAGAGUUGGAGGAAUGGCUAGAGAGUACGACAUCAUAUCGUUCCUUAAACAGGCUGACUAUAAGUAACUGCCCAAAGUUGUGGAACCUCCCACACAGGAGCUUAUGCUCCCUCGUGUUUAUGAAAAUCAAGCAAUGCCAUGCUCUUAAGGCGCUCCCACUCACACCCUAUUUGCAGUUUUUGACGCUUAUCAAUAAUGACUUGCUAGAAGAUUGGAGUGAAGUACCGAUGGCGAUUAUUGUUGAUAGAAAUCACGAAGGUCCUGAUGUCCUACGUUCACCACAGAAUCUCCAGGGGAACAACAAUAUCUUGCAAGAAGAUCGCAUACUUAUUGUUACAAAGGAAAUAGGAGGUUUAGAAGAUGGGCUUUAUAUGUUAGCCUCAUUUUUUAAACUCUUGGAACUCAAAAUGGUGAAUUGUCUAAGGCUGCAGAACUUGCCGCUAAGCUUUGCUCCUCAGAAAUUGAAGAUAAGUGGAUGCCCUUUACUAACAACUCUUCCAACCCAACAAAACAGCCAACGUCUUCAGUAUCUAGAACUAGAUAAAUUCAAUGGUGCAAGCUUGUUAGACACAAUGCAAAGUUCACCCUCCUUAGACGCGCUCACCAUUUCCAACAUCACCAACAUCUCCUCACUACCCAAAUUACCUCACCUUCCAAAGCUACGAUCCUUGUACAUUCACAACUGCCAAAAUCUUGUCUCUUUGUUACAUGAAGAUGGUUUGCUGACAAACUUCACCUCCCUGAACUUUCUGUCAAUUUCAGGGUGUCAGAAACUGCUGAAUUUUCCUGAAGUACUUCCUGCAUCAAUCCACUGCUUGAUCAUCAAGAGCUGUUCUGAGCUCAAAUCAUUUCAUGCUGAAAGCAGAAACUAUCUCACAAGCCUUACAUUACUUCAAGAACUAUACUUAGAGGAUUGCUCUAAACUCGAGUUCUUGCCAGAAGAUGGGAUUCCAGCCUCUCUAUCGCACUUGCGCAUUCGAGGUUGCCCUAUACUCACACAGAAAUGUAAAGAAGACGUAGGAGGAAGGUAUUGGCAAAUGAUUAGUCAUGUUGUUGACCUGGAGCUUGAUUUCAUUAAUACUCUUGGAUCCGAACCAUCUCCUACUUGCUGCUUCAAAUGAAGAUAACGCUUUGCAAGUAAUAGACCGAGCCAACUAUUUGGCCUAA